AUGGCAGACUCCCAAGAUUCACUUCUUGAAGAAACCAGGAGAGAUGAUGUCAUUAAGCCACCCCAAAUCACUCCAACUCAUCAUUUUUCCUGGCCAAGAUGUCAACAAAACAUGUCUGUUGCUAACAUUAAGAACUUCAGCACUCUUCCUGAUUAUAUAAAAGACUUUCUGUAUUAUCGCCACUGUCGACAUUUCCCCAUGCUGCUGGACAUUCCUGAUAAGUGUGGAGGAGCUGAAGGGUCCUCGGAUGUUUUUCUUUUGCUGGUCAUUAAAAGCUCUCCUGUGAACUAUGACCGCCGAGAAGUACUGCGCAAAACCUGGGCUAAGGAGAGAUUGCAGAAUGGUGUGUGGAUCCGAAGGCUUUUUAUCUCAGGAACAACGGGUGUUGGUUUUGAGAAAGAGAGACUGAACACACUCCUUAAAAUAGAGCAACGUGAGAACAAUGAUAUUCUUCAGUGGGACUUUAAUGACACAUUCUUCAACCUCACCUUGAAGCAAAUACUCUUCCUCGAAUGGAUGGAGAGAAACUGUUCACAUGUUCGCUUCCUGCUAAACGGCGAUGAUGAUGUCUUUGUCAACACAGACAACAUGGUUGAAUAUCUACUACAACUUAAGGACAAUGAUGGACGGAAACACCUCUUUACUGGCUCGGUGACCCGAAAUAAUGGCCCUAUUCGAGAACGGUGGAGUAAGUAUUAUGUUCCAGUUCAGGUGUAUGAGUCAGAGUCAUACCCUCCUUUCUGUAGUGGUGGGGGUUACAUUUUAUCUGGCUACACAGCUUUGGUUAUAUACAAUAUGUCCCACUCUAUCACUGUUCUUCCCGUUGAUGAUGUUUACUUAGCAAUGUGUUUGGCCAAAGCAGGACUUUCCCCAGAGUCACAUGGUGCAGUGAGGAUAAAUGGACUUCGGGUUCCUUCCACUACAGCUGAUGACUAUGACCCUUGUUAUUAUAGAGAAACUCUACUUGUUCACAGAUUCCUUUCAGCAAAAAUAUACUACAUGUGGAACAAGAUACAUGACCCUAAUCUGAAAUGCUUUGCUAGUGGCUAA